GUUCUGCCGUCAGUGAUUUCAACCGCAGAUUUGUUUUUUAUCAACAGGUUAAGUAUCAACGUAGCUACAAAGCACUAUAAUAAAUAUCAUGAAAAAAGGGUCUGAUAAGAAGAAACCAUGUGAUGUAUCAGAAGUGUUCGAGAGUUUAGGAAAAUACCAUGCGGUGCAAUACUUCCUGGCUUGUUUACCCUCGAUGUUUGUCACUAUGAUAAACAUUAAUUUCGUCUUUGUAGCUGGGGAUUUGGACUUUCGAACUGUAAUAGAAAUUGGUGGUAAAAAUAAUCGCGUGCUUGCCGGUGUUUUAUUCUCCUACGUGAUUUAUUUCGGCGAAAUGAUUUUUGCACUAUUUGCUAUGCUAGUCCCUUACUGGAAAAAUUUAAUACGAAUUAUUAAUACACCAUCUCUUCUAUUCCUAUCCUAUAUAUUUAUAAUAAGAGAAAGCCCGAGAUGGCAAAUGCUGAAUGGAAAGAUGAAAGAGGCAAAGCAUACGAUACAAUUAGUAGCUAAAAUGAACAAGUUAGAAAUCGAUUUUGAAGAAUUGAAAGAAAUGAACGAUGACCAACUUAAAGAAAAAUUCAAUAUUGAUAAUUACAAAGUUAAAGAAGGCUUCCAAGAAAUAUUCACUUCCAGAGAGAUCUUGAAACGCUUAGCAGUGGCGUCUUUUUGCAGAUUUACGUGUGGUUUUGUGUAUUAUGGACUAAUUAUUAAUUCAGUUUGGUUACCUGGUAAUAAAUAUACCAAUUUUCUACUUUCCACUGUAAUGUCUUUUCCGGGAGAGCUGAUGGCGUUGUACUUUAUGAAUAAAAUCGGAAGAAAAGUACCAUUGAUUGUGGGGUACUUGAUUUGUGGAAUCACGGUUGUGGCCUCCCCGUAUGUUGCGCCAGUGUGGGCGAAAAUAACCCUCUACCUUAUCGGUAAGAUGGUGAUCUCGGCGUGCUUCACUGGUAUCAUCACGUAUACCAUGGAGUUGUACCCCACCAGCACUAGAGGCUCGCUGCUGUCCAUGGGGUCUAUCACAUCGAGAGUCGGAGCUAUGUUGGCACCACUUACGCCUAUGCUGGUACCAAUAUCACCAGCUUUGCCCUGCGUUUUGUUCGCUUUAUCAUCAGUCCUGUCUAGUAUCCUGCUGACCAUUACUCCAGAAACCAAGGAUCUACCCCUCAUGGACACCAUAGGACAAGUCAACGCGCAUGCCGUCGUUGUUAACAAUGAGAAAAGAAAAAAUUGUGAAACUGUUGUUACUAAGAUGUGACGUGAAUUUUAGACUCUUUGAAGAAUAUGUUGGUAAGCAGGCUUAAAUCUGGCAUCUCGUCUCGCUGGUGAAUACGAGUGGAAAAUAACUAUGUGCUGAUACGGCAGAGCUGACAUUGACUGAUCCUAUUUUUACCAUAUUGGCGUAUCAAACACCUACCACAGGCGCCUUUAACCACACUAUUCUAAAAUCAUCAUUAGUUCAAUUCAAAAAGUCACAGAUCAUCUAAUAUCUUUUGUUUAUACCCACUAGUUCUAUUGUACAGUUCUGUUGACAGAACUACCGAUACUUUUUUGCCAUUUAUUCUGUUGAUAAAUGGACAGUUUUCUUCAGAGAACUACUGAGAAUUUUCUCUCUCACUAGGGACUAGUGUUCUGUGUACGAGUUUUUAGUCUAAAGUUGUACCUAUAAAUGUCGUUAAAAUAAAAUUCGCCAUAUUUCCACGCCUAUUUUGACACUGCACCUGCACUUCACUGGAAGCAUAGGGUUGUCAUAUUUAAUGAUCCAUUGUACAUCAAUAAUACGAAGUCACUUGAUUUCAGUAGGUUUAUUUACCGGUAUUCCUUCCGGAUUUUAUUUUACUUCCCUAUAAUUACAUUAUGAAAUAUUGUAUGAUCUGUUACAUUACAAGUUGCUUGUGUAUGUUAAUUGAUAAAUUUUUUGCCAUCAUCUUUUAGAACUUGCGACAAUAAAAUUAAGU